AUGAGCAAGCAGUCAACAAUUAGCAGAUUUUUUAAGCCUGUCAAAAAAGAGGAUAAUGAGGGAUCAUUCCCAAAUGAAACUUCAGGACAUAAAUUAGGAACAUCGCAAGAAAACUCCAUAUGUCUUGAUGAUUCGAGUGAUGAUGAAUUGUUAAAUGAAGGGAAGUUUAAUGAAAGAAAUGAAAAUAUUUAUCAAGUACCAAAAGAUACUAGAGAUGAGAUAUCAUCAUUCGAAAAAACAAAUUUUUCCUCGGAUGAUAACCUUGAAGGGAUGUGGAAAUAUCAAACCGAAAAUAAUGUUCCUAAUUCUGACAUCUCGUUAAAUAUUGAUCAGAAGAGGAACGAUUUUGAUAAGAAACUGAACAAUAUUAUGAAAAAGAGAAGCUUUGGGCUUAUUGGUUCAAGAAUCGAUGAUAAUGAUGAGGAAAUAUUAGAAGAUUCCAGUGAGAGUCCUGAAGUUCCAACAAAAAAAGGUAAAAAGAAUGGAUCUACCAAGUUAACUCCUUUAGAUCAACAAGUGAAAGACUUAAAACUGAAAAAUAUGGAUAAGCUACUAGUUGUCAGGGUUGGAUAUAAAUAUAAAUGUUUUGCCCAAGAUGCCGUCAUAGCGAGUAAGAUACUACAUAUAAGACUAAUCCCUGGUAAAUUAACUAUAGAUGAAUCCAAUCCUCAAGAUGUAAAAUUUAAACAAUUUGCCUACUGUUCAUUUCCUGAUAUACGUUUAAACGUUCAUCUUCAGCGAUUAUUGUUUCAUAACCUAAUUGUAUCAGUAGUCGAGCAGUCGGAAACUACAGCUAUUAAAAAAAAUUCAAACAACAAGAGUAAUGUUUUUAUAAGAGAGAUUGCAAACACUUUUUCAAAGGCAACUUAUGGAGUUAAUAAUUCUUUCAAUUCCUCGUAUAACAAAGGAGAAAUUUUAGGAAAUUCAAAAAGUAUCUGGUUGUUAUCAGUACAAGAAGUCAACAAUAUUUUACUCAAAUAUAUCCUGUUUUCUGUAAAUCUUAAUAGUGGUGAAAUAAUGUUUGAUGAAUUUACAGAAAAUAGAUAUUCUACGGAAAGUUUACAUACUAGGAUAAAAUAUUUACAGCCAACUGAGUGUAUGAUAAAUUCUAAAAUCGCCUCCCUUUCUAUGGUUAUCAAAUUGCUAAAAAAUGUCGAUUGUACGAUCCAUCGUAAUGCCACAGAUUCAAGAUUAGAAAACGAGAAACUCGAAGAUGAUGAAAUUACGGCUAUUAAAGGUACCAUAGAAAAAGUCAUUUCAAAUUUGAAGGUAUCAAAAGAAAGCAUGUCUCACAUAUAUAUUUUAUACUCCUAUUUGAAAGGAUACUCAAAUGAAAAAUCCUUACUAAUACCCUCAAAUUACAAGUUAUUCUUAUCUGGACUGUACAUGAUACUCGAUCAUAAUGCCCUUGAAAGUUUGGAUUUAUUUUCCAAUGAGGGUAAAAAAGGUUCUUUGUUUUGGAUACUUGACCAUACACGUACACCAUUUGGGUCUCGAGAACUCUAUCAUUGGAUCUCAAGACCAUUAAUAAAAAAGGAAGAAAUUGAAAAAAGGCUUGACGCAGUGGAUUGCAUGUUGAAGGUCAUUAGCGAUAUAUUUUUCGACUCUUUAAACCAAAUCUUAACCAAAACUCCGGACUUACUUAAUACACUUAAUAGAAUAUCGUAUGGGUCAACUUCUAGGAAGGAGAUUUAUUUUUUUUUAAAACAGCUUGUAACUAUUGGCAAACAUUUCCAAUUACAUGAAAAGUAUAUCAAAGAAAAUAUACUGUCAGAAAGUUCAACUGUAUUUAAGAAUGCACCACUUCUUGCCCAUAUACUUUCAAGUAUCGAUCAGUAUUUUUCUGAGAAUACUCUUCCCAAGCUUCUUUCUAUGAUAAAUAUCGAUGCUGCUUUGGAUAAAGAUAAAACAAAGCAAAUCACAGGGUUCUUUAAUUUAAAUAACUAUGAUAAUUCAGAAGAAAUUCUUAAAAUCCAGAGAGAUAUUGAAGAAAUUAAAAUGGAGUUAAAAGAAACCCUUCACGGAAUACGGAAAUUAUUGAAAAGACCUCAAUUAGAAUAUAAAAAUGAUACAGAAUAUUUGAUCGAAAUUAGAAACACCCAAGUUAAGAACCUUCCAGAUGACUGGAUAAAAGUAAAUAAUACUAAAGUUGUUAGCAGAUUUACCACCCCGAUUACCUCCAAGCUCGUAGACAAAUUAAAUUACCAAAAGGAACUUCUUUUAAAUGAAUGUAACAAACAAUAUGCUAGAUUUUUAGGCAUGAUUAACGACGAAUAUGUCAACAUAAACAUGGUCAUCCACGAACUUGCAACCUACGAUUGUAUUUUAUCAUUAGCUGCGACAUCCUGUAAUGUUAAUUAUAGCAGACCAAAAUUUAUAUCUCACGGUACAGAAAUUAAACAACUUGUUAAAAUAAGGAAUGGCAGAAACCCUGUUAUUGAAUCUCUCGACAUAACAUAUGUUCCUAAUGAUGUAGAUAUGGCUCAUAAUGGUAGUCGGGUUAAUAUUAUCACUGGUCCAAAUAUGGGUGGUAAAUCGUCUUAUAUUCGCCAAGUGGCUCUUCUAGUCAUCAUGGCACAAAUCGGUUCUUAUGUUCCAGCGACAUAUAUGGAGUUAUCAUUGUUUGACAAUGUAUUAACAAGGAUUGGAGCGCAAGAUAAUAUAAUAGAAGGUAAAUCAACUUUUAAAAUGGAGAUGGAGGACGUGCUAAGAUGCAUAUCACGAUGUACCCCGAAGUCAUUGUUGUUACUGGAUGAAGUAGGAAGAGGUACCGGUACUAUAGAUGGGAAAGCAAUUUCAUAUGCCUUAUUAAGAUACUUUUGUGAAUUGGCCGAAGUCUGUCCUCUAGUUCUCUUUACAACACAUUUUCCCGACUUAGGAGCUUCCAUUAACUCUAAUCUCUUAAAAAGCUACUAUAUGGAUUUUGUUGAAGAACACAGACCUGGAGAAAGUUGGCCUAGUGUUGUAUUCUUAUAUACAUUGAAACCUGGUACCAGUAAUGAUUCAUAUGGGUUGAAUGUAGCAAAAUUAGCAAAUGUUGAGAACGAAAUUAUAACAAAAGCAUUUGAAAAAUCCUCUGAAUUGAAAUCCUAUGGAAAAGAGUUUCUCAAAUCACUUGAAUUACCCAUGCAAAUUCGAAAUGCGAUUGAAAAUAAGAAAAAUAAAGAAAAUACUAACCCCAUAACAUUUAAAGAUCGAUUCAAGAUGCUAAUGAAUAUGGAUAUUUCCGAACACUGA